UCCCACGCCAAUACUUAUGUCAGGCGUGACAGGAAUGCCCCUGGCGACUCCAGUCAAGACCCCUAAGAAGAGGUCUAAAAGUAAGAAGACUGGCCCCAGCGUGUCAGACAGGAUCCUCAAGGUGUUGUCAGGAUCGAAGGACCGCGGUGGCGUCUCUCUCGCGGCUCUGAAGAAAGCCCUAACCGCCGGAGAUUAUGAUGUGGCGAAAAACAAUGCUCGAAUUAAACUCGCCGUCCGGCGCUUGGUGGCCAACGGAAGUCUUCUGCAACCGAAAGGUACCGGCGCGUCCGGCUCCUUCAAAAUCAACAAGCAAACUGCCGCUAAAAAGAAAAAAGAUGUAAAAAAGAAGGCGAAGAGUCCGAAGAAGAAAGUCAAGAGGAUCAAGAAAAAGAGUCCUAAUAUGAGCACGGGCUCCAAGUCUCCAACACGGAAGAAGAGAAAGGCGAAGACCCCCAAGAAGGCCAAGAAACUCGCGGCUGCUAAGACACCGAGGAGCCCGAAGAGGGCCACGCGCAGGGUCGCCAGUACUCGGUCAAAGGCCGCUGCCAAAAAAUGACCAGGAUGUCAGAACUACACCUGAAGGCGCAUCCCUGACCAUGACCAUCCAAUAGAUCCUGCUCUGGAGUGACAAGCUCAUGAACGCUGAAACUAUUGAUGUUUUAAGGAUACAUUUACUUUUUAAACGUUUGUACACGGUUUACCAACCGAUGGUAUUAACUAUAAAUCAGCAAAGGACACAUUGGACACACGUACAAUUCCCUUGAUUAAAAAAUAUAUAAAUGUA